AGUAAUAAAGUUAUUAUUAAAUUUCUCUAAUUGCACUACGUCGGCGCUUUCGGGAAAACGACUUCUCGAUAAUUGUGCUCUAACAGAUCAGCACAGUAUUCCAGAUUUAUAUCGACGAUGAGUCCGCUAAUUUCCAAGGCGUUCACUCUUUGCCAUUUCCGUCCAGGGUUCAAUCUGGUAGUUCGUUUGUUUUCAGUAUCUAUUUAUCACAACACACGAUUGGCCGAGGUAGGCAGAUUAGAGCUGCCGAAAGCGCAAGGCAAAUAUGAAACGGGUCAACUAUUCCUACACCGAGUAUUCGGGUAUCGUGGUGUGAUACUGUUCCCAUGGCUGGCAAGAGUGUAUGACCGUGAUCUGCCAAAUCAAUCCAAAGGAAAUCAGCUGGAAAGUGUUGCUUCGGAGUCCACCGAAGGCGGUGCUGCUGGUAAUGCGAGCAAAGAAGUUCAGAAGAAAACGCACACGUUCUACCAGGUGUUGAUCGAUCAGCGAGAUUGUCCGUACAUACGUGCGCAAACGGAAGCGGUAACGUUUCUGGGGAAUCAAGAAUCAAGCCGAAGUUUGUACGCAAUCCCGGGCCUAGACUAUGUGGCGCACGAGGACAUACUACCGUACAGCUCUGGAGAACAGCAUCCCUUACAGCACGAGUUGUUUGACAAGUUCUUAGCCCACCAGCCGGACAAAGAUCCACCGUUUGUAGCGCAGGAAACACUGCGCGCCUGGCAGAAAAAGAACCAUCCGUGGUUGGAGCUAUCCGAUGUGCAUAAGGAAACGACGGAAGGUAUUCGCGUAACAGUCAUACCGUUCUAUAUGGGCUGCAGAGAAACUCCGGCAGCUUCCGUCUACUGGUGGCGCUACUGUAUUCGAUUAGAAAAUCUAGGCGAACUAAGCGUACAGCUCAGGGAAAGACACUGGAGAAUAUUUUCCCUUUCCGGUACACUUGAAACAGUUCGCGGACGGGGUGUAGUCGGUCAGGAACCCAUUUUAAGCCCGCGUCUUCCCGCGUUCCAGUACAGCUCGCACGUUAGCUUGCAGGCACCCAGUGGUCAUAUGUGGGGAACGUUCCGUAUGGAGCGCGAAGAUGGUCAUAUGUUCGACUGCCGUAUUCCACCCUUCUCGCUCGAGAGUAAACCCGAUGAUAACAGUGGAAACGGCAAUAUCGACGACACGAAUUCAGCUCUUGGUGUAACCUCGAAACAACCGUCUACGGGUACAGGACCGAGCGGAGGUGACGAAACUGUAUCCACGUCUACUACGGCAACGACAACAACAUCCACGAAACCAAAUACUAAAAAUAACAAAAACGACGGUGAUGACAAUGUUUGAUCAUCAGCAAGAAGAGGGUUUGUUUUUUUUUUUACAAUAUCGUUUAAAAUCAAGCGGUCUUGGAGCCAUCAAUGGAAGACGCAAGCUCAGUCAGAACUCAUGUAAAUAAUCCUAUAUAUCGUUAAAUUUAUUAAACUGCAAGGAGAAUAUAAACGUAUCUUAGGACAAAA